UGCCCGCUUCCGCCUCGGUGCCGGAGGGCCCGGCCUGGACGCCUUCCCGCCCCGGGGCCGGCCCUCUCGGUCCUUCCUAAAGAACGCCUUUCAGCGCCCCGACGUCCCGGCUCCGGGCCUGUCCAGCGACGGUCUGCCCGGCUGUGCCUGGGGAACGCGGGGCCGCGGCCGUCCGUGCGCCUGCCUGCUGGAGCCGGGCGGCGCUGCGCGGGGUGUGCCGCGGGCCGGGACCGGCGGUGAGGGGUGUGGGAGGUUGGCGGCCCGCCGGCACGAAGGGAAGCGUCCUGGCAGAUCCGUGCGGUUUACGUCUUCUUUCGUUGCGACUGCGGGCAAUAUUGGAGCAGCCUACCUAAUGAUCCACCUUCCUGACUCUUCCUAACAUAAAGCCUGGAAUAAUAAAAGUGAUUUAAAUGCCAUAGCAUAUUUGAAAUCAAGCUGUUCUUCCAUGGAAUACUCAUGGCCUGAGGAAAAUGUCACAGGCUGCCUUCUCUACUCACCAGGAGGAAGGGUUUCUCACCAUGGCCAUAACACAGUUUCGGCUCUUUAAAAUCUGUACUUGCCUGGCAGCUGUGCUUUCUUUUAUUAAAAAGUUAAUAUGCAGGUCUGGAAGAGGGCGAAAGUUAAGUGGAGACCAAAUAACUUUGCCAACAACUGUGGAUUAUUCAUCUGUUCCCAAACAGCCAGAAGUAGAAGACUGGUCUUCAUGGGAUGAAGAUGCACCUACCAGUGUGAAGAUUGAAGGUGGCAAUGGUAAUGUGGCAGCUCAGCAAAAUGCUGUGGAACAAAUGGAACCUGAUUAUUUUAAAGACAUGACGCCAACUAUAAGAAAAACUCAAAAAAUAGUUAUUAAAAAACGAGAGCCUUUAACUUUUGGAGUUCCAGAAGGAAACACAGGAUUCUCUAGCAGAUUAGCAGCUACACAAGAUAUUCCUUUUAUUCACCAGUCUCCUGAACUGGGAGACUUGGAUACUUGGCAAGAAAAUACUAAUGCCUGGGAAGAAGAGGAAGAUGCUGCCUGGCAGGCAGAAGAAGUUCUUAGACAACAGAAGUUAGCAGAAAGGGAAAAAAGAGCAGCAGAACAACAACGAAAGAAAAUGGAGAAAGAGGCCCAAAGGUUAAUGAAAAAGGAACAGAACAAAAUUGGUGUAAAACUCUCCUAACAGUAACCAGGCAUCGGUGGAAGGAUCCCACCUCUACAACAUGCAUAUUGGUAUUAAUUUAAGUAUUUCCAGGACUUCAACUCGCUGCUUGGUUUCAGUGCAUUCUUCAAGUCAUCUUGGAAGCCAGAAUUCUCCCAAAAUAUCUCGAACUACUAAUAGGUAGUUCUUCAAGGGAAAAAAACCCAAAACCAUACAAAAUCAUGCCUUGAUGGAAUGAAAUUUCCUACAAUAAUUCUAUUCCAGUACCCUUCUUUGCAGCAAAUAUGAUUGAGCAAAAGUGAUUGAGAGACACUCUUAAUGAACAGCUCGAGCCUAGGGAAAAGAAUGUAAAUAUUCUGUGGUGGGGAAUCUACUGUAUUGUCUGUGCUUACCUGAAAUAUGUAAUUAAACAGUUUUAAAGAACCUUUUGCUUCCUACCUGA